CGCAGACUCCCCUCUCUGGAGGCACCCCAUGCUGUGCUACAGCAAAGACGGCCUGUACACCUCCCUCACCACGCUGCCCUCCGAGGCCCUGCAGACGGAGGCUCUCAAGCUCUUCAAGUCCUGCCAGCUGUUCAUCAACGUGCCCGUGGAGGCCGCCUCAGUGGACUACCAUGUGUCCCUGGCACAGACAGCACUGCAGGUCUGCCUGGUUCACCCUGAGCUGCAGAGCGAGAUCUACUGCCAGCUCAUGAAGCAGACUAGCUGCCGCCCGCCACAGAAGUACUCCCUUGUGCAGUGCUGGCAGCUCCUGGCUCUGUGCGCCCCGCUUUUCCUGCCUCAGCACCACUUCCUCUGGUACGUCAAACAGCAGCUCCAACGCCAUGCAGACCCCAGAAAUGAAACUGGCCAGUACGCCACUUACUGCCAGCGGGCCGUGGAGCGGACGCUGCAGACCGGGGAGCGGGAGGCCAGGCCGUCACGCAUGGAGGUGGUGUCCAUCCUGCUGAGGAACCCUUUCCACCACUCCUUGCCCUUCAGCAUCCCCGUGCACUUCGCCAACGGGACAUACCAGGUGGUGGGUUUUGACGGCUCGUCCACAGUGGAUGAGUUCCUCCAGCGGCUGAACCAGGAGGCGGGCAUGAGGACGUCGUCCCACUCCGGCUUUGCCCUCUUCACAGAUGACCCUUCCGGCCGGGACCUGGAACACUGCCUGCAGGGGAGCGUCAAGAUCUGCGAUGCCAUCUCCAAGUGGGAGCAAGCCCUGAAGGAGCUGCACUCUGGAAAGUCUGAGGGUGGCUCACGUGUCGUGAAGCUGAUAUAUAAGAACAGGCUGUACUUUCGGAGUCAAGUCAAAGGGGAGACAGAGCGAGAGCGGCUGCUGCUGGCCUCCCAGGCUAGCGGAGAGAUAGUGGCGGGGAGGUUUCCUGUCAACAAGGAACUGGCUCUGGAGAUGGCUGCCCUGAUGGCCCAGGUAGAGUAUGGGGACUUGGAGAGGCCCGUCCUGCCAGGCCCUGGGGUCACACCCCCUGCCAAGGCUCAGCAUCUUCUACAGCAGGUCCUAGAUAGGUUCUACCCAAGGCGCUACAGACACGGGGCCCCCCCUGAACAGCUGAGGCACCUGGCAGAUCAGCUGACCACAAAGUGGGCAGCCCUGCAAGGCUGCUCCUCUUCUGAAUGCGUCCGCAUCUACCUGACAGUGGCCCGGAAAUGGCCCUUCUUUGGUGCUAAGCUCUUUGCUGCUCAGCCUGCAGAGCUGUCUUCCAAGGAGAAUGCUCCAGUGUGGAUUGCUGUGAACGAGGAUGGUGUCAGCAUCCUGGACCACAACACGAUGCAAGUGCACGUGACUUAUCCCUAUGCUUCGGUGAUGACUUUUGGCGGCUACCGGGAUGACUUCAUGCUUGUGAUUAGAUCCAUUCCAGACCAGGGCUCUGGAAGAAGCCACAUUGAGAAGCUGAUCUUCCGAAUGGCUGCUCCCAAGAUUGCAGAGGUGACCUUCAUCGUGGCCAGCUACAUGAACCACUGCUCCACAGCUGUGAGCCCACCCACUAACCCGCCGGCUGCCUGCCAGCCUUGGGAACUGGAUGCGCGGCACUUCUUCGCUUCUGUUCCCCGCGCUGCCAAGGGGCCGACGUUGCUGUGACUGUUUCUCCUGCCCCUUUCCCCACCCCCACCUGCUGCCUCUGGGAUGAGAGAGAUGCAUCCUGGGGUGCGAUGCUACUGUGAUGGGUCUCACAGCCCUCCCCACCCUCGCCCGUUUGUUCUGUGAAGUGUGUAUAUCAGUGUCCAUGGAGCCUUUUACUCUAGGUGCCUUAUAACGUUUCAGGGCCAACCUUUACAAAUCCAGACCCAGUAGAAAAAGCACUCUUUUUUCCCCUCAAGGAUACUGAGCCCUGGAUGCUGCCUGAUUCUAGACACAGAGAGAGAUGGCCCACCGCUACCGGUUACUGAGGGCAUCAGUGCUCUAGGUCAGGUUUUUGCACUGAUACACUCAGGGAGACCACUCUUUCUUAGCCAGAUAUGGUCCUUAUGUGGGGAUGGAUACUUGAAGUUUUCCCGGCAUCCCUCAACAGGAGAGGACUAAAAUUUCUAAUGCCCCCACUCUGACAAGAGCCUAGAACUCACUAAGACUGGACUUCGUUUCCCACGUGGGGAAGGCGUCGGCAGGGCUGGAGGAGAAGUAGCCUCAGGGCCCUCCUUCCCCUACCGCAGAUGAGGAGGCGGCGGUGGGGCCCUUUGGGGACAGCUGCACCGACCUCUGCAAGACAAGGCGCAAGCUGGGCUGAGACCAAAGCUCUUCUCCCUCACCCUGGACUGUCAGCACAAUUGGGUACAAGCAAGCACGGCAGGGGGUAGGUCCAAUGGAACCGCUCCCUGUCUCAUCUUAACGACUGCAUGGGGCUCGGUGGAGGCUGUGCUUACUACUGUAGGACAAAGUGGUUGUCCCUGCUCUUUGAAAGACCAGCAGAUGCGCUCUGCUUUUUGCUGCUCUGUGAGGCCACCCAAGAUGAGUCAGGAACAGAAGAUCCCUCCAGGCUCGUGGGCCUGGAUUUGCUCCCUCUGGAUUUCCAGCGAACCCGCGCUGGGAACCAGUGUGAGGACAGAGCACUCGUCUGUGUUACCUGCCUUGGCCUAAGAGUGUCAGGCCCCCUGCUGAUACGAAUAUCCCCUCUUCCCUGAGUGAGGCCUUCUGUUGAUUGCAGAGGUGACCUGUCUCCACCCUCCCCUAACAGGAAAAACAAAACGAAAGAGUUCAUUCAUACUCUGAUUUUCCAACACUGGAGAAACUGCGUUUUAUUUCAUAGUUCUAAGGCAGUCUUACCAUUUGUCAAUAAAGGCUGAACAAACGAUAUGGAUUUAGCAGUAGCAUCCAAGAACCAGGCCUUUAACCCCAACAAAGUGUGUGUGUGUUGCACACUGCAAGAACUGCAAGGCUGGAACUGGUUUACUGGAACACCUUAGUGGCUGUAAGCUUCUGCUCUCUCACUCUUUACAUCAACAGGCAUGACGAAAAAAGCAGCACAUCAGAGUGUCGGCCUCUUUUAAACAAACUUGACUUUGCCAGGCUGGCAAUUUUAUAGCUGUCUCCCAUUUCUGUUCCUGCCCUUCCCCCAGGAUUUGGGAUUUAGCUGAGACAUUUCUACCUCAACAGGUGACAUGUCCCAUGUCCCCGCAGGCUCCUGAAUAACCCUUCCAGGGCUGGUAUAAAAGGCAGAAAUUACAGCUCUAGUUUUGUAAGAUCUUGAGUGGCUCUAAAGUAAAUAAGAAUAUUAUCACCUACCCAGGAAUUUUUAAAAAAAUCCCAAAGAAAAAGUAAGCAAGACUGGAGCUGUGUUCAUACUGAAUUUGGGGAUCCAGCUAUUCCCCCGCCCCAUCUUCUUCCCAGCCCUUCAGGAAUCCUGCCCUAAUUCGUUAAUUUUACACAGAAGAAACUGCCAUGUAAACAGAGGCUUCUGUAGUCUGGCCUUUAACAUAUCUGGAAACCAGAGUCAAAUUUCUGUCUGGCUUUUUGUCUCAUCCCUCUUGGCAAAAGAAGUUUUUGAAACCAUAGACAAUGCUGAGUAACGAGAGUAUUAAUGUGCUUAACCCCCAUGACUGAAAUGCCAUGAUCAAGUCUGUCAAUAAAAAGCAGCUGCCUGAA